UUUCUCUUCCAUCCCACGCACACGCACACGCACACGCACGCGCCUCUGCUCCCUCUCCUCCCCUUCCUCUCUCUCUCCCUCUAUAUAUUAUUUUAUCCAUUUCAUCAACUCCUGGGGAACCUCGCACCUCGCUCUUUCUCUCUGUCCCUCCAUCCUCCCUUUCUCCGCACUCGAUCCUUGUUCUUUUUCUACUCCCUUCCACUGGGGCUCAUCCUGUUCUCUCUCUUCCUCUCCCCUAGUUGUUUUCUUUUUUUUUCCCUUCUCACCUCGUUCUUUUUAAAUCUUAAAAAACAUAAAAAAAAGCUCUAUUUUAAAUAUGAUUUCCCACACUUUUCCCUUUUUUUUAUAAUUAAAAACAGCUCUCCUAUUAUUUUUUUCUCAUAUUAUUGUUUUUCUUGGAUGAGGCCAUGGCUGGCCUGGAUCUAGGCACCGCCUCCAGAUUCAUCCACCAGCUCCACCGCCACCCCGACCUCCACCUCCAGCAGCGCCACGACCCCGACUCUGAUGACGACCACAACAACAACGACGGCGACCGCAACGGCCAAUUCGCCGGCGCCGCGGACCGCGACGGGUCGUCGUCGGCUCCGCAGGGCCUCGAGCUCGUCGCUGCGUGCUCCGGGCCGGGAGACGUGGUUGGUCGGCGCCCCCGGGGCCGCCCCCCAGGUUCCAAGAACAAGCCCAAGCCACCUGUGAUCAUCACCAGGGAGAGCGCUAAUGCCCUCAGGGCCCACAUCCUCGAGGUCGGCGGCGGCUGCGACGUCUUCGACUGCGUCGCCACGUACGCCCGCCGUCGCCAGCGGGGCAUCUGCGUCCUCAGCGGCAGCGGUACCGUCACCAACGUCAGCCUCCGCCAGCCCUCCGCCCCCGGCGCCGUCGUCACCCUCCACGGCCGCUUCGAGAUUCUCUCCCUCUCCGGCUCGUUCCUCCCACCCCCCGCUCCGCCGGGGGCCACCAGCCUCACCAUCUUCCUCGCCGGAGGCCAGGGGCAGGUGGUCGGCGGGAACGUCGUCGGUGCCCUCUUCGCUGCGGGCCCGGUGAUCGUCAUCGCCGCCUCGUUCACCAACAUCGCGUACGAGCGGCUCCCGCUCGAGGAGGAGGAGCCGCCACCGCAGAUGCAACCACCUGCGUCCCAGGGGUCAGGCGGUGACGGCGGGAGCGGCGACGGCGGCGGCGGAGGGGGGAACCCGUUCCCUGACCCGUCCUCCGGGCUGCCCUUCUUCAAUUUGCCGUUCAACAUGGCCAAUUGCCAGUUGCCGGUGGACGGGCACGGGUGGGCCGGAGGUGCGACCGGCCGGACCCCUUACUGAUGGUGGUGUAACUGUGAAUCAAGAAAUGAUCUAUUGGAGAUUUGAGGACAAGGGAGAUGACACCAGACAUCGGAUGGACCAUUGGCUGCUGCAAAGGUUAGCAUGCAAAUUUGACGAUAUCCAUGUACAAUUAGCUUUUUGUUUGUUCUGAUAUUUUGGUCUCUUGGGCUUUCUGUUUCUACUGCUUCUAUGUUUCAUUUUUCUCGGUUUGCUGUUGCUGCUGUUAUAGAAACUCUCUCUUCAUAAGCAAUGGGUUUGAGGCCGCAGGCCUUGACACUUGUUUAUUACUAUCAUCAUCACCCUUAUAUGUCCAUCAUUUCUCCUCCUCUCCUUCCAUUAUCAUCACCAUCCAAAUAUAUCCACCACUAGAAUUCCCACUUCAA